CAACCGCAGAAAGCCAGCACAGGAUCCUCAACAAAUGCGUCGCGACCGCAACGAGUUCAGAUUGUUCACGCACCGACUUCUUCGUCCUCUCAGUUCGUUCCGAAGGUUGCUCAGGAAGGAGUGACUGUGACAGCCAGUGGCAGUGCAGGAAUGGUUGGGAGCGUUAAAAAAGAUUCAAUGACAAUGGUGGUGGACCCAAAUUCGUACUAUUCUAAUGGUGCGCAAAAAGUGUACAGAUUAGUAAAUGUCUCGGAUUUAGAUACAGGAGUCCAUCCUCCUCCCAGAAAACGUAUUGCGAUCAUGCAGAAACAACCUGGUGCGUCGUCUAUGCAAAAUCCAGCAGCAGCUAGUGAAUCCUCGUCGUUGGGUUCGACAAGAGGAACAAGUGCAGUGGCAGGUUCUCGAGGUCAGCUUGGAGAUGACAUUAUCAUUGAUGACGGAAUAGAGGAGCGAACUGUGGUCAUAGAACAGCAUGACUCUGAUUCUCCUUUGCUGGGUGAUUCACCGCUCAGUACAAUGAUGGUAAGUGGUCACCAGGCCGUCCCACGAGGAAGUCAGUCUCGGCAUAUGCAAUUAGCGAUGAACGAACAAUUGCGGCCACAAACACGUUUAGUCUCAUCGUCACCUCAACAUCACUCACCUUCACUUGGAGCAGGAUAUAUUCAAAGUCAAUACGAUGCUGAUUUACAGUUCCAACAAUUCAUCAGUCAGAAUCUGAGUGUUCUGAAUGAUGACGAGAUCACACGCAGCAGUCUGAUGGAUGCACGGUUCGGACAAGGAACUUGCCUACGUAUCAUGCAGGAAGAAGAAAUGGCCUCACAAACGGAUACAGGCGGUCCUUCGAGCACGAGAGACGGCACUCAGACCCUUGAUAUGUGA